AUGCACUUCGUGGCCGCCUCACCGUUCACUUCGAAUGCCUUGGCAGCUGCGGAGAUGCUCUGCGAGGCCUCUUCUGGUGGAGAGGGUGCCGGAUGGCAUCGGCCCUGGCUGAACCGUCGCUUUGCUACCUUCCUGCUGCAUGGCGCCACCAGUGCAAUUUGUUUCGUGCACGGCGCCCUGCGGGUUGUGCUGGAGAACUCUGGGUUUGCUGGGCCCUACAGGUAUUGUGUGGUGCUCCAAAGCGACUCUUGCCAACAGGGAUGCUUUGAAUCAGAGGCCAAAGUUCCUCUGCAGAGUCUUUUCCUGACCCGCACUUUUGGCGACGACUUUAUCCCUUCAGAUCUUCGCAUCAGCGCAGGGCUCCUAGGUUGGGCGCCUCAGGCCCUGGAGGCCCUGGUGCCGUGCGCGGACUCCACGGCACCGCCUGCACCGCCUGCACCGCUGCGAAACGGCCGCCGGGGAGCGCCGGCGGUGCAUUUGGGGAGCAGAGAUGCUGCUGCACAGAGCAAGGUGCUGGGCGUUUUUCAUGACACUGGCUUCGACUUCAAUGGAGCGGUGCUCUACCGGCACGAAGCGCCCCUGUGGCCACCACUCUUCUUGCGCUACUACGAUCCGAGGGAAUGGUGUGUAGAACUGGGCUGGUGCUAUGUGCAUCGCUGCUUUCCUGCCCUUCCUGCCCUGCCCAGAAACGCCUGUGAUUCGCCCUGGGAUGGCUGCCGGCAAGGGGUGGAGGUGAUGUGUUUGAAAGACACCUGGAUGAUUCGCGACUGGAUCAGCCCAGUGACCGAGCUGCAUUUGUCGCUGCAGCGCAUCGUUGAGGGUUGCUGUCCAGAUGCGAUGCUAACGCUGCCAGGCGCUCACCAAGAAAGGGCCGGGCUGCUACGGCACUGGCUGCUCCUGGGGAACUACACAGGCCUCAACCCUUCGCAGCUCACUGCCACCGAGCUCGAGCCGAGCAGCUCCUCGAGCUCGGCACCAAGACGCGGCGCGACGACGUUGCGGUGGAGACACGUGAUUGUGGUACGUGUGCCAAAGGCGAGCUCCUCAACUUUGUCCUCGGUUUUUGUCCGCCUGGGUCGCUCCCUGGGCCAUUUGAUCCCGGUGGGGGAUGACCCAAGACGCUUGCGACCGCGACGCUUGGUGCGACAGCGGGUGAUGUUCGCUGCCAAGCACGAGAUGCCAAGUGAAGCUUGGGACUCCUGGAUGACUUUGGUGCCUAGACCCGUGGUGGUCACCAGCCUCCGUUCGCCCUUUGAGCGCUGCGUCUCGCGCCUUUACCACGCGUACAUUGAUCAGGAGAAGGCACCCAGUAUCCAGGACAAGAUGAAGAUCUUGAGAUCCAAUUGCGAUGCCGCGAACUUCACAUGGGGCGACCUGUGUUGCGGAAAUUUCCAGUACCACUUCCUGGCCCUUCCUUCAGAGUCCACCACUGAUCUCCUGGCACGCUAUGAUUUCAUCUUCGUCACGGAGCGCUUCGCCGAGUCGCUGCUGGCCUUCAAGGCCCGGUGGAACCUGACCUUCGCGCAGCUGCUGCAUGUGCAGUUGAAGUCCUCAGAACAUCGGCAGGUCUGUGCCUUUGGGCACCGCCACGGCUUUCAGGUGAAGAAGGAACCAGGUGAGAAGGAGCUGCUAGCAACAAUCAAGUCUGAAGCGGCUUUCUUGGAGAACAACCAGGCGGACCUGUUCUUAUGGAAUCAGGCAAAUGCACGGCUUGAUGCAAUGCUGGAAAGCUAUGGCAAAGAAAAGUUAGAGGAAGAUCGCGCAAAGCUGGACACUGUCCUGGGAGUUGCCCGAGAUUCCUGCCAGAGAAUAUCCGCGGAAAUGUGUAUUGAUUGCCUGCAUGAGGACAUUGGAUGUGCACAAGACUGCCUGGACCGAGUUGCUGAACACAUUCGAGCCACCGGGCUAUUGAGUCAAUCGUUCUUAUGGAACAUUGCGGAUAUUGAAGGGCCGGUAGCCUGCUACUCCUCUUGUCAUAGGUGUUUGUUGGUGACACCUGAGCAACUACAUCGCCCAGAAAUCCCCUUCACAGGCCGAAGUCUGACCAUGGAAGCAAGGCAGGCCGCUGCGCUGGUGAUCAUGUUGCAGCAGAAUGAGAGUCGACAACAUCCUCGCUAUGUCCGAGCAGACUUGACCUUGAAGGAUGCCAGUGGAGGAACCGUGCUACAUGCCGCUGCGCUGAUGGGCCAUAUGGCCAUCGUCAAUCUGUUGCUGGAGCAGGGCGCACCACUGGAGGCGUUCUGCUGGGCUCAUGAUGCAUCGCUCGGCCGCCCUCCGAUCUUGCAGCGUGCGGUACGUGAUGCAGAUUCCCCGCGCGGGACGGUGGAGAAUCCGCCGCUUGCUGAAAGGUAUGAUAUCUUAGCUUUGCCCCGCGGAUGUUCCAAGGAGGACAUCAAACCCGCCUUUCGCCAGUUGGCACGUGAGCUGCACCCGGAUGUGCCAGAAACGGGAAAUGAGGAGAGUUUCAAACACCUGGUGUGGGCCAUGAGAGAACUCUCAAGUGAGAAGGGCCGUCGACGCUGGGGUGUGCCAGGCGACCUCACCGGAGCGUCUCUGGAAGAAAUUUCCUUGGAAGCUGAGGAUUUUGCCUUUGACAUGCGAGACUGGCCAUUUGAAGAGCUGGAAGAUUUGCUUCGUUUAUCGGAGGAGGCUGGCAUUGGACAUCAAAUUGGGUGA